AAAAAAAGAAAUAGUAAAAUACUGAAAUUUAAUUACAGUUUCAUAAAGUGCACCAUGAAGUCACUUUUCCUUCAACUGAAAAUACUGACAAACAAUUUAAGAGACACAACAGGGCUUUCCAACUUCAGACUAUUAAUUUAGCUCAUCCUUCUCAAGUUCAACACCACACACAGUUUUGUUUCCUAUGUCAUCACCACGAUUCAUGUGAAAAUUUAAACUAAUGAACUUCAAACUCUGAGCACCGCUUGAGUGAUUACUGAAGUCUGAAUUUGACAAAGGAAAAUACACAAUUAGUCCCAGAGAAAAACUAUACUUUCCCCUACAUAUUUUUAAUAGAAUGUAUUCCUUUAGUACAGACACACUAACAAAACUUUUAACUGAGUUCUGUUUUUGAAAUACAUAUAUAUUUACCAGUAGUUCAUAAUCAAAAUAAGAGUGAAAUAUAUAGAAAAAAUCUAAUUAUAAACAUUCUCAAGAUUGUAAGUAUUCUCUCAUUUCUUACUCUACAAUGUGUUAAAGGCAAAUACUUUCUUCUCCCCCAGAGCAGAACAUGUAAUGCAAUUGUGAACCAUCUGAUUGAGGAUGUAAUUCCUGAUUGCACAUUCUGAAGUUUGCAUUCACUGCUCAUAGUUAAAUCAAAAAAGUACAAACUUCAUGCAUUUACUCUGAAGUUGAAAAGAUGGAGUGUGCAGCAGUAAUAUUAAAGUCAGUAAGAGAACAGGGAGAAGUGACCUGGUAUAAAAGUCAUCACUUGUAAAGCUGAAGGUAAAGGAAGCAGCAUUAGCCUGCUUUUCCUUUAGGGUAACUGCUGCAGGAUUGCCAAAUGCACUUACAUUUGAGUUUGGCAGGAAUUGCAAGAAAAUUACUAACUUUCUCUGGGUUUACUUGACUCCUGUCCGUAACCAUGCAAAGGCCAUUGCACAAGGCCUUGUACAGCUGCUCACAGUAGACUGCAAAUGAAAGCCAGGUCUGCAGCUGAGAUGACAGAGAAGAGCAAUCUGCUUGAUAAGACAAAUUAAACUUGAGAAAUGAGGUUUUCUCCUGACUUUUGUGCUGCCUUUGCUAGUUACAUCAAAUAUUUAAAAACAAAGUAAACAAAACACGUAUUUCUACAAGUAUCCUUGUAUUUUCAUCACAGCAUUGUAGUUAUUUACAUAGAGUUGAAAAGAACAGGUUAUUUUCUUAAUAUCUGAAUGACAUACUUCAAUAUGGUAUUUAAAUUGACAAAAUACCUGACACUUUAAUGUUACUGGGAUAAAUACAUCCUCAAAGAUAUAUGUGAUAGUACUGAGUUUAGAGUAAAGUCAGUUAAGCAGGGAUAUACAAGUACAGAUCACAUCACGAUAGGCUUUCUUUACAAAUUUGAAGUUAAUCAAAUAUGUAAUUCUCAUCAACAUUAAGACAACUGUUUGACUCAUAUCCUACCUAACACCAUUGCCCAAAGUGGAUGCAUAUAUGUAUUUUUCAAGUCUACCAUGUCAACGUGUAUACAAACUUGAAAAAUGCAUGGGCAUAUGAAUGGAUACGUAUGCAUAGUCUAUUUAACAGGAGGUAUCUAUAGAUACUAAUAGAUACUAAUAUAAACCUAAGAAACUGGCAGAAAGGUUUGUGUAAUCCAAAUUCAAAUCUUUUUAACUAGCUGUGGAAAAAUUAAAACCACCACUUCCCAACUUCCAUUCCAAUAAAUAUACUGCAGGCAACUUGGUACGAUCGAUAAGUUUGUGCUUUACUUACAGUGAGUAGGCAACUGUAUGCUUUGAAACUAACCUAAAAGAAUCUAAUUGCAACCAAAAGACUCCAAACAUUCGUCUACAAGCACGCAGGCAUGAUGAAACCCAUCAGUUUAGUUAGCUUAAGCACUAGAGCCUUAGUUAUGGCUCUAAUUAAUUAUGUUCUAUCUGUUCAACAGUCUCUUCUAAGUCAUCACACUUCCUUCAAAAUGAAGAUACUGAAAUGGACUUUGGGUAUGCUGUUGUUCCUACUGCUGUCUAUCGGGCGCUGUACAGAACCGUCGACCCUCAAUAAAACAUCCCAACGGAGGCAUCCUCGUUCCACAGAUGGCGGAGAGGAAGGGAAGAAAUGUGGUUACACCUUCUUGGUCCCAGAACAAAAAAUCACAGGGCCAAUCUGUGUGAAUAACGAACCAGGCACUGGUAACAGAAAAGACGAAGUCACAAGAAUGGACAUAGAGAACUUGAAGGAUGUGCUGUCCAAGCAAAAACGCGAGAUUGACAUCUUGCAGUUGGUGGUAGACGUGGAUGGAAACAUUGUGAAUGAAGUAAAGUUGCUGAGGAAAGAAAGCCGUAACAUGAACUCUCGGGUCACUCAACUCUACAUGCAGCUCUUGCAUGAGAUAAUCCGAAAGCGCGAUAACUCACUUGAACUUUCCCAACUGGAAAAUAAAGUCCUCAACGUAACAACAGAAAUGUUGAAGAUGGCAACAAAAUACAAGGAGCUUGAAGUAAAAUAUGCAGCACUGACUGACCUUGUAAAUAACCAGUCUGUGAUCAUCUCCCUGUUGGAAGAGCAGUGCUUGAGAAUCUUCUCACGGCAGGACACCCAUGGGUCCCCGCCGCUCGUCCAAGUAGUGCCACAGCACAUUCCCAACAGUCAGCCAUACACUCCUGUUCUCCUGGGAGGCAAUGAGAUACAGAGAGACCCAGGGUACCCCAGGGACAGAGAUGUAAGGCCACCACCUGAUCCAGCUACUUCUCCGACAAAGAGUCCCUUCAGAGUACCACCGCUGGCAUUAAUUAACGAAGGUCCGUUCAAAGACUGCCAACAUGCCAAAGAUGCUGGGUAUUCCAACAGUGGCAUUUAUAUGAUCAAACCUGAAAACAGCAACGAACCAAUGCAGUUAUGGUGCGAGAACAGCUUAGACCCUGGAGGAUGGGCAGUUAUUCAGAAGAGAACAGAUGGAUCUGUCAACUUUUUCAGGAACUGGGACAGUUACAAGAAAGGAUUUGGAAACAUUGAUGGAGAGUACUGGCUGGGACUAGAAAAUAUUUACAUGCUUACCAAUCAGGAUAAUUACAGACUACUGAUUGAAUUAGAGGACUGGAGCAACAAGAAAGUCUAUGCAGAAUACAGCAGCUUCCGUCUGGAGCCCGAAAACGAAUUCUACAGGCUACGCCUAGGAACAUACCAAGGAAACGCAGGCGAUUCCAUGAUAUGGCACAAUGGAAAGCAGUUCACAACACUGGACAGAGACAGAGAUAUGUAUUCAGGAAACUGUGCUCAUUUCCACAAGGGAGGCUGGUGGUACAAUGCAUGUGCACACUCCAAUCUGAACGGGGUGUGGUACAGAGGAGGCCACUACAGGAGCAAGUACCAGGAUGGAAUAUUUUGGGCUGAGUACCGGGGAGGUUCCUACUCCUUGAAAGCAGUUCAAAUGAUGAUCAGACCUAUAGACUGAGGAGGAAAAUCCCACAGUGCUCAAGCCAUCAAGUAUAAACUUAUCGGUGCUUGAGUUACAGAAAAAUAAAAUAUUACUUUCAAAUCAUUAUUUUGCACAAUCUGUCCCUGCAAAAUGCAGGUCUACUAUUUUCCUUUCUCCCCAGUUGCCCCUUGCCUUUUUUUUUUUUUUUUUAAUUAAAGAAACCUUUUCUACUGUAACAGACAGUGUUUUUUAAGCAUACAUUCAACACAAGCAGAUGUUCACAUUUGUGAUGCGUAUUUAUCUAUGUUCAAGCCCAACAUACUUCAUGUAAACAAUCUUUAAGGCUGGUAAAAAAAGAUGUCCAGAUAAAUGAAAAGAUAUCAGCUCAUCGCUUAAAAAGCUUAUGCUUCUUGAGACCAGUUCAACCCUUAAAUGUAAAUAUGUGAAAUGACAUUGUCUUGCUUUAAUGUGAAAAUUAAUCAGUUAUUUAACAAUUUAUUUAAAAGUGUUAGUAUAACUUGCAAUGAAAAUUUGACUUAAUGUUUAGGACUUACUCCCAGAAGCUACCUAAAAAACUGAAGACAUCCUAGCUUUCCAACAGAAGGAGAUUUUGCUACAAAUAAUUAUUUCAAAAUGAAGUGGUGAAUUAAACAUAAAUUUCUUAAUGGUGUAGGAAUUCCCUAAGAUCUGAAUGUCACAACUUCUGUUCAACGCUUACACAAAGAAAGAAAAAGAACAGUUCUAUGAAAUGGAUGAUAAAAACUCAAGACAAUCAAAUCAUUCACCCUACUUAAAACCAUCUUUUGAUACUUUGAACUUUGAUGGCAAAAUGGAAAAGUCCCGAUGAUAAAAUCAGGACUUUACAGGUGGAGAUUCUCCCCUGCUUCCAUUGGGAGUGAUGAGGUCUGAAUGGAUACUCACACGUGUUAGGUUAGAGAAGAAUCAAGUCUCACAAUAGUAACAAAAGUUUUCUACCUGUCAGCCUGGAUCAUACCAACAUAGCUUCCUGCUGACAUAGAUCAGGAAUCAGCUUCGAGACACCCAAAACUAGUGGAUUGCUCUUAUGACACAAAUAUUUCCCUUCCCCUAUGUGUAUAUUACUCUAAUAUUAUCUAUAUUAAAUGUUUUUAUCUUCUGGAUAUCUGACUUCCACUGGGAUUAACAUGUAAUUUGAGAAGUUGAUUAGAAAAUACUUCCCCAACCUUCAACAAAAGCCAUACAAGGUACUGCACCAAAACUAUAUUUGGAUAUACUUCCAAAAUCUGACAUAACCAAAUGCUCCUUUAAGCUAUCGGAGUCUGAGAUGAAAAUCUUCUUCCUAGUAUAAAGUUAUUAAACAGCUGCAACCAGAUAUACAGCUUCUAUAAUUUAAUCUGAUACCACACAAAGCUAAAUAUGCUGCUCUGAAAUGCAACCCAAACAUUUCUUUGGCACUUCAUGUUUUAAAAGAACUCUGCCCCACUUAGCCUAAGAAAUAGUAACAGCUAAAAGAAGAAUUUAAUAUUAUUGUUGUUCCCAAAUUAAUCAACACCAAUAGCUCUGCAAAACAUCAUUUGUAAUUCAGAGGAGAGAAAAGAGCAUUUUGGUUUCAAAGCACGUUCCCUCUAUAUUUUAAUCGGUCGUAUACGGCUUUAAGGAUUGUAGUUCAUCUUUUUGGACAGGGAUUGAAGUCAGUGAGUUUCAACACUAUUUAGCUGAGGGUGGGGGAAGGAGAAAAAAAAUGAAUCAAGUUCCAGCGUAUUUCAUUCCUGACUUGCAAGAAUAUUAACAGAUGUUAUUUAAGAUUACAGUUCUGAAAUUGGACUUCAUGUAAGGGGUAUUUGUUUGUUACAGACGUUGUACAGACCUCAUUGAUUGAGUGUUCUACAAAAUGCUUUCUCAAUUGCAGAUGCUUAAAAUUCAAGCCACCUAUACUCUACUCUUUUUUUCUGUGGUAGCUAGUUAGAAAAGCAGUUCAGUUAAGUUUAAAAACUGAAAAUGACCUGGGAAAUGGUCUUUAAUGAACACUUCUGUCAGCUCUAGUUACUUCAACUUACAGAUUUCAUCUGCUUGGAAGAGAUCUUGUUUUACCACAAGAAUCUAUUGCCCGCUACAAAAACAGCAUGUGUUUAUUCAGCACAGUCAGUGAAAGGUGUGUUCUGCAGAAAUCCCUUGGUGAAAUCAGUUUGCAGUCAGCCUUUAAAUUAAAUCUUAUUAGACAUCUAAAACAGCCUCCCUUAAUUUCAAACUACAGAAUGAAGUCAACUAAACAUUACUACAAAUAUACCUCAAAGCUCCCGAUUGCACAAAUGCCAUAAGAGGAAAGAACUCCUCUGAAGUUGCCAGUUUAUGGUUACGAGGAGGGAGAACGUAACACCUCUUUAUCAAGUUGGUUUACAACCCACAACAAACUUCUACUUUCAAAUGCUUACAAUACUAUCAGUAAUUCUGGGGCUGAAUGUUCUAAGCAGUGUAAAUGAUUAUGUUUUCGUGCUUUGUCUCUCACUUUUCUGCAGCAGUUUUCCACAGAGGUUGUAGCAGCAUCCCUCAAGCUUAUUGCACUAGACGUUGAGAAGCACUGUCCCAGAAGGACAGAGCUUUCACCACUCCUGUACGGCCAGUUCAAAUAUAACCAAACAGACCUUGAAAAUGUUUAAACUGUUAAAGCCAGAAACAGCUUGCAAAAAUGUUUCCAAAGUUUAUUUGCAAGCAACAUCACCAAAGUAGCUGAAUGGUCAGCAGAUGAACACUUUGAUAAUCUGUUCUCCCAUUUCUGGAUAUAGAUCCUGAAAGACAGCUAUAAGGAAGUAUUUCACAGGGUAGUACUGCUUAGUUAAAUAAAAACCUCACUUCUCAUGAUGUGGCUCACUUGUUUCAUUGCACAACCUCGGAUCUGACAGAAUUCUGUAAGACUCCUGAGAAGUGCAUUUGUUCCAAUGCAAAAUAGAACAUCGUAUACACAGCUGCCAUUUGUUCUGACUACUCUAGUGGUCCAGGUGAUUCAGCAGUGAUAACACAUCCCUGACCAGACAAUGAGGACUUAAUACUGCACCAAUUUAUUGCCCUGUGAACAGCUUUUAGCUCUCACAUUCAGGUUAGGAGCCCACAGACCACAUGCUGCUUCUCAUUGCCAUUCAAGAACUCUGCAAUCAAGACAUUUCUUGUUGCUGCAGGGAACUGAGAAGCUUUCUUGGUAAGUAUGGAAGAAUGUCUUUGUCUUGUCCACAGUGAGCUGUGGUAAGCAGUAAGAAAACAAUCUGUACUUCUGUGGCUCAGAAACCACCUCCAUUGCAAAGGCUACAAAAUAAAGCAAUUAAACUUUAAACCAUAAUACUAAGACAGUAAAAAAAAAAACAAACCUGAAAGACAUCCAACAUCCGCAUUUGGUUGCAUGGACAAAUCUAGAACUCUUCAGGGUAAAACAUUAGUCCUGGAAAUUGCAGCUGAGAUACCUAUAUGUGCUCACUGCCUUCCAAACAGUGCCCUUCACCACCAAGGCAAGCAUUGCUCUGGAAGGGAUUUCCAAAAGUUACUAUAGAAGAUUUGAUUCUCUGAACUCUUCUGAAGAGCAGGUUAGGGAUAACAGAAACCUGAGCACCUCUGUGUGAACACUGCAGGGAGCCCCACCCCUUGUUUUCUGCAGAAGGAAAGGACUUUAUGAUUCAUCCCCUCUGCAGCACGUACCAUCUUCAGAACUGCUAUUCUGGUAGACUUCUGCACACAUUUUGAACAAGGAGCAGCAAUACACCUGCAGAUGAUUCUGACACUAGAAAUAACAGCAGAAAACCAUCCUUCCAGAAAUUGUAACUUGCAGCUGGGAAGCUUAAGACAGAAAGCAAGCAAGUUUGGUUCACCUGUCCCAUAUUACACUCAGGUCAGUAUAAACUCCUUGGGAAAGAAACAUUAGAAUAAUACUCCUGCAAGUCUACUCGGGUGUUUCUGAAGAUAAAAAACUCUGAUCAAAUGAGAAAAGUAGGAGUCCGCAGUAGACCUUCCAAGAUGGAUGCAGAUUCAUCACGACUGUAGCUGCAAAGCAAUUUUUUUGUUUGUUUGGCCACACAUAUAAAUCUUACAACAUUAAUUCUAGAGGAACGCAUCGGUGGGCAUUUGCUUUUUCUUAUGAGAAUUAUAGGCUCAGAGGACACUCUGUGUCAUUACUGAGAAUUCCUACCAUGGCAAAGCAUGUCACAAAACACUAACUACAGCUGGUCACAGCAGAGCACUAAACCCCCCUUCUUCCUAAAAAAUAUUUGCUUCAAUAAAUUAUUAAGUUAAGCCAAAAACUUACUCUA